CCCCCUGCUAUCACUUCCCACAGUCUGCUCUAGCAUAGACAUCCGGAACAACGCGACAAACCUGGCGUUACUAAGGAACUGCACAGUGAUCGAGGGCCACCUGAAGAUCCUACUCAUGUUUAAAACCAAACCUGAGGACUUCCGCGGCCUCAGCUUCCCCAACCUCACCAUGAUCACCGACUACCUGCUGCUGUUCCGCGUCUACGGCCUGGAGAGCCUAAGUGACCUCUUCCCCAACUUGACCGUCAUCCGUGGCAACAACCUUUUCUUCAACUACGCGCUGGUGAUGUUUGAGAUGCUCCAGCUGAAGGAGAUCGGCCUGCACAGUCUGAUGAACAUCACGCGUGGCGCUGUGCGGGUGGAAAAAAACCCGGACCUGUGCUACCUGGCCACACUGGACUGGGCCAAGGUGCUGGACACGGUGGAGGACAACUAUGUGGUGGCGAACAAGAACAGCCGCGAGUGUGGCGAUGUCUGCCCUGGCACGGUCAAGGGCAAGACCACCUGCCCUCAGACCACCAUCAAUGGCCACUUCAGCGAACGCUGUUGGACCCUCCAGCAUUGCCAGCACAUGUGCCCGUCUUCUUGUAAGAACCGCGCCUGUACCAGAGAUGGCCAGUGCUGCCACGACCAGUGCCUAGGGGGGUGCCUGGAGCCGGGCUUGCCAAACAAGUGUGUGGCGUGCCGGCACUACCUGCACAAGGACACGUGCGUGGAGCAGUGUCCGGCGGGUCACUACACUUACAAGGGCUGGCGCUGCGUCUCCACGCGCUUCUGCCAGGAGCGCUACCAGCGCUGUAAGGAGGCCAACGGCACCGCCUGCCAGCACCACGUCAUCCACCACGGUGCCUGCCUGCCCGAAUGUCCCUCAGGGUACACCACUGCCAACGCCACCUCGCUGCACUGUACGCCCUGUGCGGGUCUGUGUCCUAAGGUGUGCAUGGGACGCAAGACUGUCGACUCGGUGACGGCGGCCCAGGAGCUGCGCGGCUGCACCAUGCUCAAUGGCAGCCUGGUGAUAAACAUCCGCGGAGGCAAUAACAUCGCUGCUGAGUUGGAGGCCAGCCUGGGACAGCUGGAGGAGAUCACGGGCUACCUGAUGGUGCGCCGCUCCUAUGCGCUCGUCUCGCUCUCCUUCCUCCGCAAACUGCGCAUCAUCCGCGGAGAGACGCAGGAAGUCGGGAAUUACUCCUUCUACGCGCUGGACAACCAGAACCUGCGUCAGCUGUGGGACUGGAACAAGCACAACAUCACCAUCGUGAGCGGCCGCAUGUUUUUCCACUACAACUCCAAGCUGUGUAUGGCUGAGAUCCGACGCAUGGAGGAGGUGACUGGGACCAAGGGCCGGCAGGUCAAGGACGACAUUGCCUCCAAGACCAACGGGGACCAGGCCCUAUGUGAGAAUGCCGAGCUGAAGUACACCGUCAUCCGCACCAUGUCAGACAAGAUCCUCCUCAAGUGGGAGUCCUUCUGGCCCACAGACUUCCGAGACCUGCUGGGCUUCAUGGUGCUCUACAAAGAAGCGCCCUAUGCAAACGUGACUGAGUUUGACGGGCAGGACGCCUGUGGCUCAAACAGCUGGGUGAUCGCUGAUGUGGACCCGCCAGCCCGCGCCACUGACGGCAAGGAGCACGCCGACCCUGGCUACCUCAUCACCAUGCUGAAGCCGUGGACGCAGUACGCCAUCAUGGUCAAGACCCAGCUGUCCGCCUCCGACGAGCGGCAGGUCCAUGGUGCCAAGAGCAAGAUCAUCUACGUGCGCACCAACGCCACCAAGCCCUCUGUGCCACUGGAUCCCAUCUCCUCGUCUAACUCAUCGUCUCAGAUCAUCCUGAAGUGGAAGCCCCCUAACGACCCCAACGGCAACAUCACCCACUACCUGGUCUACUGCCAGCAGCUGCCCGAGGCCAGCGAGCUCUACAAGUUUGACUACUGCCAGAAAGGCAUGAAGCUGCCGUCGCGCAUGCCCACGCAGGUGGACAGUGAGGAGGAGCAUAAGUGGAACCAGACAGAGGAGCAGGGCCAGACGGGCCGCUGCUGCGCCUGCCCCAAGACCGACAAGCAGCUCAAGAAGGAGGCCGAGGAGUCAGAGUACCGCAAGACCUUUGAGAACUACCUCCACAACGAAGUCUUUACCGUCAGGCCCUCGCGUCAGCGUCGCUCCCUGGGCAGUGUGGCCAACCGCACGCUAGUGGUGACCACGCCCUCCAGCACCCUCAGCCCUGCGGGCCCCACGCGCAGCCCCGCGGAGGACGAGGCGGAGGCCAACAAGCUGGAGCUCAAGGUGCUCAUCAAGGAGUCCACCGUCAUCUCCAACCUGCGCCACUUCACCAGCUACCAGAUUGAGAUCCACGCUUGCAACCACGACUCCGACCCCUCACGCUGCAGCAUGGCCGCCUACGUCAGUGCCCGCACCAUGCCCGAGGACCGAGCGGAUGACAUCUCUGGGCCCAUCUUGUUUGAAGUGUCUGACUACACGGCGCACAUCAAGUGGACGGAACCCAAAGACCCCAACGGCAUGAUCAUCCUCUAUGAAGUCAGCUACAAGAGACUUGGAGACACAGAGGAUCUGCAUCACUGCGUGUCUAGAAAGAACUACAUAAUGGAUGGAGGCUGCAAUCUCAGAGUGGUGUAUUCUGGGAAUUACACGGUGCGGAUCCGUGCCACCUCCCUGGCGGGCAAUGGUUCCUGGACGGAGCCCAGACACUUCUACGUGCAAGACCGAGUGGACCCAACCAGCGCGCUGAUCGUCAUCGGGCCCGUCAUCUGCAGCUUCCUGCUUGUGCUGGUGGUGUGUGUCGGCUUCGCCAUGUUCAAGAAGAAGCAAACUGAGGGACCUACGGGACGCCUGUACACAUCUCCCAACCCAGAGUAUCUCAGCCCAGAUGAAGUGUACGAGCCAGAUGACUGGGAAGUUCCUCGUGACAAGAUCACACUCCUACGCGAGUUGGGCCAGGGCUCCUUUGGCAUGGUGUAUGAGGGCAUGGCCAAGGACAUCAUCAAGGGCGAGUCCCCGAUGCGCGUCGCCGUGAAAACGGUCAACGAGUCGGCCAGCCUGAGGGAGAGGAUUGAGUUCCUGAAUGAGGCCUCCGUCAUGAAGGCCUUCAGCUGCCACCAUGUGGUGAGGCUGCUGGGUGUGGUGUCCAAGGGCCAACCUACCCUGGUGGUGAUGGAGCUGAUGACCCACGGCGAUAUGAAGAGCUACCUGCGAUCCCUGCGCCCUGACGCUGAGAACAACCCCGGGAGCCCGCCCCCCACCCUGAAGGAGAUGAUCCAGAUGGCAGCGGAGAUCGCAGACGGAAUGGCCUACCUCAACGCCAAGAAGUUUGUGCACAGAGACCUGGCAGCUCGCAACUGCAUGGUGGGCGAGGACUAUACUGUUAAGAUAGGAGACUUUGGGAUGACGAGGGACAUCUAUGAGACAGAUUACUACAGAAAGGGCGGGAAGGGUCUGCUGCCAGUUAGGUGGAUGGCCCCCGAGUCCCUAAAGGAUGGGGUCUUCACCGCCCACUCAGAUUGCUGGUGA